CACCAGCAGGAGCAAGAACAGCAGCAGGAGCAAGAACAGCAGCAGGAGCAAGAACAACAGCAGGAGAACAGCAGGGGGAGCAAGAACAGCAGCAGGAGCAAGAACAGCAGCAGGAGCAAGAACAGCAGGAGGAGCAAGCAGCAAGAGCAAGAACAGCAGCAGGA